AUAUAUUGAUGACGGCUCAGUUGCUUCGAAUCAAUACGGGCGAUAACAUCUAAUACGAAGCGAGCGCGCCCUACGCCAAUCUGCCGAACUGUCAUCUUGCGAAGUGUAUUAAUAAUGAAGACAUUGGAUAUUGUUUUAUCGUGUGUGCUUGCGGGGGUGAUCUUAGUUAGUGGUAGCCCAUUGUUUUACAACAGCAAUCGGCCUAUUGUAGUGGUGAGCAAGUUGGAUAUUACGGAUUCGACUAUCGAUCAUGAUCGGAUUAGUACCUUGGUGGAUAAUGAUGCCGAAGAACAGUUCGUGACGGAAGUGGUCGUCGACGUGGCCGAAAAUGAAGUCGACAAAGAUGAACGAGUGACAGUUACCGACGGUAAAUGGAAAUCGAUGUCGACGACGACGGCGGUUGACGAUAAAGUGGAAAAUGAAGAUGAAACGGAUACUACGAGUGAUGUUGGCACGACGCAAACAGAAUCUACGCAAGAUGUGACAGCAAGUGAAACUACACUAAUUGAAACGGAAACUAGUGAAUCGGUAACUGAUAGUACGGUUUCGGAAACCGAAACUCAAAGUACAGAGUCAGGAACGACUGAAUCCACGCAAGCUACUUCGAACAGUACUACCGAUUCUACAGAGGCUACUGAAACUGAAGCUACAACUCAAACGGAAUUGGAUUCUACGGCGGUAACUGAUUCUACACCAGCUGCAACGGAAUCGACAGAAUCUGCUACGGCUACCCAAUCCAGCCAAACUGAAAGUACUCAAACUGGUUCGGAAUCUUCGGCGGCGACUACAACUUCUAAUCAGACUGAAACUGAGAACACGGUGGAAACCACUGCAACGGAGACAGGAUCAACUCAUACUGAGACAGAGACUACGAAUACUGAAACUGCUGCUGAGUCUACCGAAGGCUCAUCGCAGACGGAAACUGAAUCUUUGACAUCUGCCGAUUCCACCACACCGCAGACUGAAACUUCCCAAUCUGAAUCAGAAUCCACGGGGACUACUCAAACAGCUACUACUGAAACUACAAAGACUACUGAAGAUCUAACGCAAACGGAAACUGAUUCCACUGCCACGGAAUCUACUCAAACGGAGACCGAGUCUACUAGCACUGAAAUGGCAACUGAUUCAAGUGUAGGGCCAACGCAGACGGGAACUGAAUCCACAGUGGUUACAACUGACUUAACUCCAACGGAAACUGGUUCCACGGAGACUAUUCAAACGGAAACUAGCUCUACGAAUACUGCAACGGAAACUGAAUCCGCCGUAUCGGAGACAGAUCCAACGCAGACUGAAACCGAAUCCACAGGGACUACUCAAACGGAAACCGCAUCAACUAAUACUGAAACGGCUACUGACUCAACUGAACUUCCUACGUCAACGGAAUCUGAAUCUACGGUAGUAAAUACUGAUUCUACGGCCACGGAAACUGAGGCUGCAUCCAUCACAUCAACGAACUCUGAAACCGUCACUGAUUCUACAGAAACUCCCACGCAGACAGGAACUGAAUCUACGGUAGUAACAACUGACUCGACUGCUACGGAAACUGAUUCCACGGUAACUACUGCCUCAGAAACCGACUCUACGAAUACUGCAAUUGAAACGGAAUCAACUGAAGGAUCAACGCAAGCGGAAACUGAAUCGAGCGCACCGGAGACAGAACCAACACCAACUGUAACUGUUUCCACAGGAACUACUCAAACAGAGACCGAAUCUACGAAUACUGUAACGGCAACUGACUCAACCGAAGGUUCUACGCAGGUGGAAACUGAAUCUACGAUAGCAAACACUGAUUCUACGGUCACGGAAAUCGAAACUGUAUCAUCCACAUCAGAAACAGAGUCUACGAACUCUGAAACCGUAACUGAUUCUACAGUAGCUCCCACGCAGACAGGGACUGAAUCGACGGUAGUGACAACUGAUUCGACUGCUACGGAAACUGAUUCUACGAACACUGCAACUGAAACGGAUUCAACUGAAGGAUCAACACAAGCGGAAACUGAAUCGAGCGCACCGGAGACAGAGCCAACGCCAACUGUAACUGAUUCCACGGGAACUACUCAAACGGAGUCAGAAUCUACGAAUACUGUAACGGCAACUGACUCAACCGAAGGUUCUACGCAGGUGGAAACUGAAUCUACGAUAGCAAACACUGAUUCUACGGUCACGGAAAUUGAAACUGUAUCCACCACAGCAGAAACAGAGUCUACGAGCUCUGAAACCGUCACUGAUUCUACAGUAGCUCCCACGCAGACUGACUCGACUGCUACGGAAACUGAUUCCACGGUAACUACUGCCUCAGAAACCGAGUCUACGAACACUGCAACUAAAACGGAAUCAACUGAAAGUUCAACCCAUACGGAAACUGAAUCCACCGUACCGCAGACAGAGCCAACGCCAACAGUAACCGAUUCCACGGGAACUACUCAAACAGAGACCGAAUCUACGAAUACUGUAACGGCAACUGACUCAACCGAAGGUUCUACGCAGGUGGAAACUGAAUCUACGAUAGCAAACACUGAUUCUACGGUCACGGAAAUCGAAACUAUAUCCACCACAGCAGAAACAGAGUCUACGAACUCUGAAACCGUCACUGAUUCUACAGUAGCUCCCACGCAGACAGAGACUGAAUCGACGGUAGUGACGACUGACUCGACUGCUACGGAAACUGAUUCCACGGUAACUACUGCCUCAGAAACCGAGUCUACGAACACUGCAACUAAAACGGAAUCAACUGAAAGUUCAACCCAUACGGAAACUGAAUCCACCGUACCGGAGACAGAGCCAACGCCAACAGUAACCGAUUCCACGGGAACUACUCAAACGGAGACCGAAUCUACGAAUACUGUAACGGCAACUGACUCAACCGAAGGUUCUACGCAGGUGGAAACUGAAUCUACGAUAGCAAACACUGAUUCUACGGUCACGGACGUUGAAACUGUAUCCUCCACAGCAGAAACAGAGUCUACGAACUCUGAAACCGUCACUGAUUCUACAGUAGCUCCCACGCAGACAGAGACUGAAUCGACGGUAGUGACGACUGACUCGACUGCUACGGAAACUGAUUCCACGGGAACUACUGCCUCAGAAACCGAGUCUACGAACACUGCAACUGAAACAGAAUCAACUGAAGGAUCAACGCAAGCGGAAACUGAAUCCAGCGUAUCGGAAACAGAGCCAACGCAAACUGUUUCAACUACGCAGACGGAAACUGAAACUGAAUCCACUGCCACUGGCACAGGGUCAACGCAAACGGAAACGGAAUCAACCAACACCGAAGCUGCUACUGAGUCAACUGAAAGUUCAACGCUCACGGGAACUGUAUCCACUGAAACGACCGUAACUGAAACAGAACCAACAGACACUUCACCAACGGCGACCGAAUCUACAAACACUGAAACUGUAACUACUGAUUCUACUGUAACUGCAACGGAAUCUACAGAAACAUCCGAUGCAACCACCACGGGACCUACUCAAACUGGAACUGAAUCUACGAAUUCGGAAACUGAGUCGACUGAAGGUUCUACGCAAACAGAGACAGAAUCUACCGUAACGACGGAGUCUCCCACUACAGCAACAGACACUACUACAGCUGAAUCUACAGGAAGUGAAACGGGAUCAACCCAGACAGAAACAGUGACGGAGACUGAAUCAACACAAACAGCAACCGAUUCGACAGCGGAACCCGAAACUGGUUCUACCGAGUCAACGCCACAAACGGAAACUAACUCCACUGAGACGGCACCCGUUACGACGGAAACUGAAACGGAAUCAACCAUUGCGUCCGGAUCGACACAGACGAACUCUACUGCAACAGAGCCAACAGGAACCGAAUCAACAAAUUCCACAACAACUCAGGUCGUCACGGAUCCAACGUCUGAAACUGAAACUGCCACCGCAACGGAAUCGACUCCAGUAACUGCGACAGAAUCGACGACGAUGACGACAACGACGGGAGCUAGUACAACAACGACGACAACGACGACAACGACGACGCAAUCUACCACGUCAACGGAAAGCAGUACGGUAACGGCGGCCGGCUCUACGGCUACGACGACUGCCGAGUCACAGGGAGCGUCAGCCGGAUCCGUUACCAGUAGUGUGAUUUGUCUACUGGUUGCUUUGGUCGUGUCGUUCGUUGCAGGUCACUAGAACGAGUGAAUGAGCAAAUAGUACUUGAAGCGAAAGAGUAUCUCUGUUGCUGCCUCUUAAGACGGUUUUGUUAGGAUUUGUUGUACUUAUUCAGAUAGCUUUUGUCCGUAUUAUACCUGUUGAUAUGUGAUUGGAGUAAUCUAUUUAUAAUCGGUUGUAUGUAUAGCUAGUAAUUCAUGUGCUAAGUGUUACUUCUUAAGUAUGGCGA